AUUCACCACUGCAGUGGGAGGAGAAAGGUCUACUGAGCAGGGAUGAUGAGCAUCUUUGGCUGGCCCACUCAUGCCUUUGGCAUGAAGGAAUCUUGUCUAGACUAGUUCUAGUUUUCCUUUUCUCAGAGGACUUUGCCCACUUCUGGGACAGGCCAGGUCCAAAGUGCAAUGUGGAAGAACAAGAGCUCAAGACCUGGGAGGUGACCUGUCCCCAACUACCUCUAAUUAUAUAGAGGUGGGCGUGUCUUCUGAAGUACUCUCUGUUGCCACUGGGAAAGCAAGACUCAAAUCUACCUCUCCUGGCAGAAAGUUCAUCUCGGAUAUACCCACUAACUUGGGCUAGAAAUGGUCACUUCUACAUAGUUCUCAACCCUGAUGGAAGGAAGGCAGGAGGUCAUUCUGAAAAAUCUGCCAAGGCACAAGUAACAGGCUCACCCAACUGGGCACUUUUGAAGACCACUUUCUGAGCCUGCAGAGGAUGUACAACAACUGUGAAGUGGUCCUUGGGAACUUGGAAAUUACCUAUGUGCAAAAGAAUUACGACCUUUCCUUCUUAAAGACCAUCCAGGAGGUGGCCGGCUAUGUCCUCAUUGCCCUCAACACCGUGGAGAGAAUCCCUUUGGAGAACCUGCAGAUCAUCAGGGGAAAUGCUCUUUAUGAAAACACCUAUGCCUUAGCCAUCCUGUCCAACUAUGGGACAAACAGAACUGGGCUUAGGGAACUGCCCAUGCGGAACUUACAGGAAAUCCUGAUUGGUGCUGUGCGAUUCAGCAACAACCCCAUCCUCUGCAAUAUGGACUCUAUCCAGUGGAGGGACAUCGUCCAAAACGUCUUUCUGAGCAACAUGUCAAUGGACUUACAGAGCCAUCCGAGCAGUUGCCCCAAAUGUGAUCCAAGCUGUCCCAAUGGAAGCUGCUGGGGAGGAGGAGAGGAGAACUGCCAGAAAUUGACCAAAAUCAUCUGUGCCCAGCAAUGUUCCCAUCGUUGUCGUGGCAGGUCCCCCAGUGACUGCUGCCACAACCAAUGUGCCGCGGGGUGUACGGGUCCCCGAGAGAGUGACUGUCUGGUCUGCCAAAAGUUCCAAGAUGAGGCCACAUGCAAAGACACCUGCCCACCACUCAUGCUGUACAACCCCACCACCUAUCAGAUGGAUGUCAACCCUGAAGGGAAGUACAGCUUUGGUGCCACGUGUGUGAAGAAGUGCCCCCGAAACUAUGUGGUGACAGAUCAUGGCUCAUGUGUCCGAGCCUGUGGGCCUGACUACUAUGAAGUGGAAGAAGAUGGCAUCCGCAAGUGUAAAAAAUGUGAUGGGCCCUGUCGCAAAGUUUGUAAUGGCAUAGGCAUUGGUGAAUUUAAAGACACACUCUCCAUAAAUGCUACAAACAUCAAACACUUCAAAUACUGCACUGCCAUCAGCGGGGACCUUCACAUUCUGCCAGUGGCCUUUAAGGGGGAUUCUUUCACGCGCACUCCUCCUCUGGACCCACGAGAACUAGAAAUUCUAAAAACCGUAAAGGAAAUAACAGGCUUUUUGCUGAUUCAGGCCUGGCCUGAAAACUGGACUGACCUCCAUGCUUUCGAGAACCUAGAAAUAAUACGUGGCAGAACAAAGCAACAUGGUCAGUUUUCUUUGGCGGUUGUUGGCCUGAACAUCACAUCACUGGGGCUGCGUUCCCUCAAGGAGAUCAGUGAUGGGGAUGUGAUCGUUUCUGGAAACCGAAAUUUGUGCUACGCAAACACAAUAAACUGGAAAAAACUCUUCGGGACACCCAAUCAGAAAACCAAAAUCAUGAACAACAGAGCUGAGAAAGACUGCAAGGCCAUGAACCACGUCUGCAAUCCUUUAUGCUCCUCAGAAGGCUGCUGGGGCCCUGAGCCCAGGGACUGUGUCUCCUGCCAGAAUGUGAGCAGAGGCAGGGAGUGCGUGGAGAAAUGCAACAUCCUGGAGGGGGAACCAAGGGAGUUUGUGGAAAAUUCUGAAUGCAUCCAGUGUCAUCCAGAAUGUCUACCCCAAACCAUGAACAUCACCUGUACAGGCAGGGGGCCAGACAACUGCAUCCAGUGUGCCCACUACAUUGAUGGCCCACAUUGUGUCAAGACCUGCCCAGCUGGCAUCAUGGGGGAGAACAACACUCUAGUCUGGAAGUAUGCAGAUGCCAAUAAUGUCUGCCACCUAUGCCAUGCCAACUGUACCUAUGGAUGUGCUGGGCCAGGCCUUCAAGGAUGUGAAGUAUGGCCAUCUGGGCCAAAGAUACCAUCUAUUGCCACUGGGAUUGUGGGUGGCCUCCUCUUCAUAGUGGUGGUGGCCCUUGGAAUCGGCCUAUUCAUGCGAAGGCGUCACAUUGUUCGAAAGCGUACACUACGCCGCCUGCUUCAAGAGAGAGAGCUCGUGGAACCUCUCACACCCAGCGGAGAAGCUCCAAACCAAGCCCACUUGAGGAUAUUAAAGGAAACAGAAUUCAAAAAGAUCAAAGUUCUGGGUUCGGGAGCAUUUGGCACAGUGUAUAAGGGUCUCUGGAUCCCAGAAGGCGAGAAAGUAAAAAUCCCAGUGGCCAUCAAGGAGUUAAGAGAAGCCACAUCUCCAAAAGCCAACAAAGAAAUCCUUGACGAAGCCUAUGUGAUGGCUAGUGUGGACAACCCUCAUGUAUGCCGCCUCCUGGGCAUCUGUCUGACCUCCACUGUCCAGCUCAUUACACAGCUCAUGCCCUACGGUUGCCUCCUGGACUAUGUCCGAGAACACAAGGACAACAUUGGCUCCCAGUACCUCCUCAACUGGUGUGUGCAGAUUGCAAAGGGCAUGAACUACCUGGAAGAUCGGCGUUUGGUGCACCGUGACUUGGCAGCCAGGAAUGUACUGGUGAAGACACCACAGCAUGUCAAGAUCACAGAUUUUGGGCUGGCCAAACUGCUUGGUGCUGAAGAGAAAGAAUAUCAUGCAGAGGGGGGCAAAGUGCCUAUCAAGUGGAUGGCUUUGGAAUCAAUUUUACACAGAAUUUAUACACACCAAAGCGAUGUCUGGAGCUAUGGUGUCACCGUGUGGGAACUGAUGACCUUUGGGUCCAAGCCUUAUGAUGGAAUACCAGCAAGUGACAUCUCAUCCAUCCUAGAGAAAGGAGAACGCCUUCCACAGCCACCUAUCUGCACCAUUGAUGUCUACAUGAUCAUGGUCAAGUGCUGGAUGAUAGAUGCUGACAGCCGCCCAAAGUUCCGAGAGUUGAUUCUUGAAUUCUCCAAAAUGGCCCGAGACCCACAACGCUACCUUGUUAUCCAGGGGGAUGAAAGAAUGCACUUGCCAAGCCCUACAGACUCCAACUUUUACCGAGCCCUGAUGGAUGAAGAGGACAUGGAGGAUGUAGUUGAUGCUGAUGAGUAUCUUAUCCCACAGCAAGGCUUCUUCAACAGCCCGUCCACAUCCAGGACUCCCCUCUUGAGUUCUCUGAGUGCAACUAGCAACAAUUCCACUGUGGCUUGCAUUAAUAGAAAUGGGAGCUGCCGUGUCAAAGAAGACACCUUCUUGCAGCGGUACAGCUCCGACCCCACAGGUGUUGUAACAGAGGACAACAUAGAUGAUGCAUUCCUCCCUGUACCUGAAUAUAUAAACCAAUCUGUUCCCAAGAGGCCAGCAGGCUCUGUGCAGAACCCUGUCUAUCACAAUCAGCCCCUGCAUCCAGCUCCUGGAAGAGACCUGCAUUAUCAAAAUCCCCACAGCAAUGCCGUGGGCAACCCUGAGUAUCUCAACACUGCCCAGCCUACCUGUCUCAGUAGUGGGUUUAACAGCCCUGCACUCUGGAUCCAGAAAGGCAGCCACCAAAUGAGCCUAGACAACCCUGACUACCAGCAGGACUUCUUCCCCAAGGAAACCAAGCCAAAUGGCAUCUUUAAGGGCCCCACAGCUGAAAAUGCAGAGUACCUACGGGUGGCACCUCCAAGCAGUGAGUUUAUUGGAGCAUGACAAGAAGGGGCAUCAUACCAGCUAUAAAAUGUCUGGACUUUCUAGAAUCCCAGGACCAAGCCAUGGCAGCACCUCCACUUCUGGCAGCCAUGCCCACGCUGUGUCAAAUGUCAAACACUCAGACUGGCUUUAAAGCAUAACUCUGAUGGGCUUUGUCACUGAGCCAAGAAGUGGGCCCCUCUCCUGAUGCACUUUGGGAAGUUGAAGGUACAUCAAUUGAUCUUCGAACUGUGAAGAUUCCACAAAAAAGGUAUCCAUCGAGAACAUUGUCCAUUGGAACAGAAGUUUACCUCAUGGUGAGGUACAUAUGGGAAAAAACAGACAUAUGGAGCUUAUUGUUUAGGGAACUUUGGGAUUCUUGUCUUUCUUGAUUUGAUUGAUGCACUCUUGUAGUCUGGUACACAGAGUCGCCUGGAGCCAACUGACCAGACAGUUGGUUCCACCAGCUCUGCAUCAAGACACUUCCGUGGCAAGACACUAAAUGUAUAAGAAGUCCAUGGAUGCCCUGAGCAGGCCACACUUGUACAGCAUUAAACCAUGGCAGAUACAAUAGGAUAAGCCACUUUGUUACUUACUGGGGCUGGGAGAAGAGGAAUGACGGGGUAGAAUUUUCCCUCGGACUUACUUUUUAUAUAAAUAUGUCCCUGGCACUU